GGCUGCAGCUCACAGCAACAGAGUUUAGACUGUCUUUGCUUCAUCAUCUGAAGGUAAAAUUUUCCAGCCACAGCCGGCGGCUCGCAGAGUACAAUAAACAGGGACGGAGAACUCUUUGCAUGGACCUCCCUUCUUCAUGAUGCGGUGGAGAAGUCGCGGCCACUCGGUCCUGCCAGAUGCUCUUGGGGUUACUGUACAUGGGGAGGACAAGCAGAGCUAAACAAGGGUCCACAGCUUCGUGCUUGUGUCCGCGUGCGACCGUGUAAGGAGUGGUGCCUCUGGUGACCGCUGACAUAACCUCUAGGCUAGGGAAAGAGAGCAUGCUGGGUAGAUGGAUGCAUGUGCACAUUGAUUAACAGACUUACGACAGCAGUGCGUUCCUGAGUUUAAAAAGGACAAAGGAAAGGAAAGCAUCAUCUCGCCCAAAUACGAAGAUCUGAGAGGCGUGUUUUCCAACAUCCUCCAGAGCUGGGAGCAUCAGAACUAAUAUUUUCCCAAAGAGCGCCAUUGCAUCGAAAUCAGUUUAUCAAGGAGAGGUGUAUCAGCAAACAGUCAGGAGGCUAGAACCCUGGGAGCCAGAGAUGACAGUGAGCACACUUGGCCUGUGGCUCGCAGUCUUCCAGUGGGGCCUGUUGAUCGGUGAAUGACCACCUGCUGAUAAGUUGUCUCUUCCCUGUUUUCUGGAUUGAACUUCAUUAAGGAAUUCAUUACUUACCUUCAGACUUACAUGUGGGAGUUUCCACAGUAGUUCCUUGGGGGUCAUUGAGACUUGGAUCGAUUUCAUCAUUUAACAGAAAGGAACAGAAUCCAAAGUCCUUCUCAUCAUGGCCUUGAACGUUGCCCCAGUGAGAGACACCAAAUGGCUGACCCUGGAAGUCUGCAGACAGUACCAGAGAGGAACAUGCUCACGCUCCGAUGAAGAAUGCAAAUUCGCUCACCCCCCAAAAAGUUGCCAGGUUGAAAAUGGAAGAGUAAUCGCCUGCUUUGAUUCCCUCAAGGGCCGCUGUUCGAGAGAGAACUGCAAGUACCUCCACCCUCCGACACACUUAAAAACUCAACUAGAAAUUAAUGGGAGGAACAAUUUGAUCCAGCAAAAGACCGCAGCAGCGAUGCUUGCCCAGCAGAUGCAAUUUAUGUUUCCAGGAACGCCACUUCAUCCUGUGCCCACUUUUCCUGUAGGUCCCACCAUAGGGACAAAUACAGCUAUUAGCUUUGCUCCUUACUUAGCGCCCGUCACCCCUGGAGUUGGGUUAGUCCCAACAGAGAUUCUACCAACUACACCGGUCAUUGUUCCUGGAAGUCCACCGGUCACUGUCCCGGGCUCAACUGCAACUCAGAAACUUCUCAGGACUGAUAAACUGGAGGUAUGCAGGGAGUUCCAGCGAGGAAACUGUGCCCGGGGAGAGACAGACUGCCGCUUUGCACACCCGGCAGACAGCACUAUGAUCGACACAAACGACAACACCGUAACCGUUUGUAUGGAUUACAUAAAGGGGCGUUGCAUGAGGGAGAAAUGCAAAUAUUUUCACCCUCCUGCACACUUGCAGGCCAAAAUCAAAGCCACGCAGCACCAAGCCAACCAGGCCGCGGUAGCCGCCCAGGCAGCCGCGGCCGCGGCCACAGUCAUGACUCAGUCGACUGCCAAAGCACUGAAGCGACCUCUCGAAGCAACUGUAGACCUGGCCUUUCCUCCCGGUGCUCUUCAUCCUUUACCAAAGAGACAAGCUCUGGAAAAGAGCAACGGCACCAGCACCGUCUUCAACCCCAGCGUCUUGCACUACCAGCAGGCCCUGACGAGCGCACAGCUGCAGCAACACACGGCGUUUAUUCCCACAGGGUCAGUUUUGUGCAUGACACCCGCUACCAGUAUUGAUAAUUCUGAAAUAAUCAACAGGAAUGGGAUGGAAUGCCAAGAAUCUGCAUUGAGAAUAGCUAAACAUUGUUACUGUACAUACUAUCCUGUUUCCUCCUCGAUAGAAUUGCCACAAACUGCAUGCUAAAUUUAGUUCUUCUGGACAGACCACAACCCUAAGGCUAGUUCUGCUAUGUCAUAUAUGAGUAUUAAAUAUGGUAUGCUUAGUAUAUUCCAGCCUAAGAUAGUUAACUACCUGAGACCAGCUGCGACGUUCAGAGACAUAAAGGAUGGGGUUUUCUUUCACAGGGUUCUAAGCCUAGUUUCUGUCCUAGGAAUAUUGUCUCAUCUCCGUAACUAUAGCCGAUGCAGAAAGUCCAGCCGAUAUACUCAUUUCGACUCAGAAUAUUUCAAAUUUAGCAAUAAACAGUUAGCGUUAGUUUAAGUACUAAUUCCAAGGGCAGGUUCGAUUCUAACUCCAAGCGCCGUCAUUUCAUUUCCCGACUGGAUCCAAGGGUAUGAUUCACUUCUUCAGGAGACGAGCGCGGCGGCAAAGACGAGAAGUGAAGUAAAACAGAAAACCUGCCUUGCAGGUCUAAAAUUUGAAUGGCAGUUCAAGCACAAUUGCUGGGGACACAUCAGAGAGUGCGAUUCGGUUUGCCUGGCGAUGCCGCACUGGAUCAUGGGAUUCUAGAGUCGCGUUGUGUAGAUUGAAAAAAAAAAAAAAAACUUUGCACGGUAUGAGCUUCAUACCCCACCCAACAAAGUCUUGAAGGUAUUAUUUUCCAAGUAUAUUUUUAAAGUUGUUUUAUAAGAGAGACUUUGUAGAAGUGCCUAGAUUUUGCCAGACUUCGUCCAGCUUGACCAGAAUGAAAGGCUCACGCCAAUAGUUGAAUCUAAGGGAUUGGUCUUUCAAACUCCACCCCCGACACACACCUGCCCGCCCCCGGUUGCCUGUUACCGAAUAGCUCUUUAUUCUAAAAACCUAGUCCAACAGGGAAGCUGUAGGUGGGGAGGUCUGUAUAAUAUUCCAGUUUAAGUACGUCUCGGAUUAGUCACUGCGGAUACAGACUGUGACUUUAAUCUAAAUUCCUAUGUUAACAGAAGAAGCCGGUAGUCUCACUUAGAGUAUCCAUUACUGUUUUUGCAUUUCAAAAGUUGGACUGAAGGGUUGUAACUAACUACAGCAUGGAAAAACAUAGUUCUUUUAAUUCUUUCACCUUAAAGCAUAUUUUAUGUCUCAAAAGUAUAAAAACUUUAAUACAAGUACAUACAUAUUAUAUAUACACAUACAUAUAUAUACUAUAUAUGGAUGAAACAUAUUUUAAUGUUGUUUACUUUUUUAAAUACUUGGUUGAUCUUCAAGGUAAUAGCGAUACAAUUAAAUUUUGUUCAGAAAGUUUGUUUUAAAGUUUAUUUUAAGCACUAUCGUACCAAAUAUUUCAUAUUUCACAUUUUAUAUGUUGCACAUAGCCUACACAGUACCUACAUAGUUUUUAAAUUAUUGUUUAAGAAAUGAAACAGCUGUUAUAAAUGGAUAUUAUGUGUAAUUGUUUAAAACAUCCAUUUUCUUUGUGGACAUUUUAGUGAUUGAAGUAUUUUGACUUUUGAGAUUGAAUGUAAAAUAUUUUAAAUUUUGGUAUCAUCGCCUGUUCUGAAAACUAGAGGCAUCAACCAUACCAAUUUUUUUUGAUUGAGAAAAAAAAAUCUGCAUUUAAUUCAUGUUGGUCAAAGUCUAAUUACUAUCUAUUUAUCUUACAUCAUAGAUCUGAUAACUGUAUCAAAAGAAAAAUCACGUUCUGAGUAUAAUCUUGCGUAGUGCUUGUGUCGUGUCUGUUUUAAUUUGUGGAUAGGUAUUGUAUCUAACUUGUAUCACUUCGCUAGUUUUCAUCUUUAUGUACUAUUGAUAUUUGUAAUUUUCUCAGUUAUAACAAUGUAGUUAUGCUACAACUUGCCUAAAACACUCAUACUUAUUUUUUUUCUUUGCUUAUUCAUUUAAACUCAUUGAGAAGUUAGUAGACACUACUAAGAGGUAAAUUAUGGGAAUCACUGAGAUAUUUUUGUAGACUAAUUGUUGUAACUGUCUUUUUUUCUUUCAUUUCAUGAUUUUUAUUUUAAAAAUUAUUAGUACAUAGCUAUUUUCAGCCCUUUAAUAAUGGAGCAUCAAAAACAUCACCUGUAUCCCCCAGCAAAUAUAGAUGACUGUAUUUUUUACUAUGAUAUCCAUUUUCCAGAAUUGUGAUUAUAAUAUGCAGAGAGUCAAAUAUGCCAUUUACAAUAAGGAGGAGGCAAGGCAAAUGCAUAGAUGUACAAAUAUAUGUACAACAGAUUUUGCUUUUUAUUUAUUUAUAAUGUAAUUUUAUAGAAUAAUUCUGGGAUUUGAGAGGAUCUAAAACUAUUUUUCUGUAUAAAUAUUAUUUGCCAAAAGUUUGUUUAUAUUCAGAAGUCUGACUAUGAUGAAUAAAUCUUAAAUGCUUUGUUUAAUUACAAAACCAAAAUCACCAAUAUCCAAGACAGGAAGACGUCAGUUCAACAGCUACGGCAGUUAGGAAGCUAACUCCGCUUGUACGGGACUCCAUUUCACUCUUGGUUUUCAGGGUAACCGCACUUCACAGAUAUGUCUUUCAGCCACAAACCACCGGUCACAUUUCUGCUAAAUCUUUCCGUAACACUUCCUAAAGAAUUUCCUCAUUCGUUAUCUUACAGCGUGAACAGGAGUCUAAUUUGUAUCAAUUCUAUGUUUGGUUGUAACAUUCAGUUCUCACUCACCCAAUGUACAACCAAUGAAAUAAAAGAAGCAUUUAAAAGGGU